ACCCGGAAGUUUAUAUGCCACAGUAAUGCACCUUGCGAUAGCAUUUAAGUACACGACUACUGACACUCACACUAUUUAAUUGCUGUUACUGCAGAACCAAAAAUAUGCCCUUGAAUCUCCAUUGAAAUUUUGUGGCGUUAACCUUAUCAUGAAGAACAAAAGCGAAAUGGCAUCGUCAACCACUCCUGAAACAGAGAAGAAAAUGCUAUCGAGUUCUCUAAUGGAAGAGAAAGCGGUCAACACCGACCCGGAUUGGGAAACCAAGAUGAGGUCGCUGGAAGAGGAGACAAAAAUCCUGACCCUGGAGUAUCGGGACCUCAAAAAACAGCAGGAGUCUGAAGCGUUGGAACAUAAUCUGAAAGUCAAGGAGCUAGAGCGAAUGACCAAUGACAAAAAAUGUCAGCAUCAGACACUUUUGGACAAGUUGGAUUCCCUACACCUGAAACUGGAACAUAGCAACAGAAAGGCAAACCAGAAGAAAUUCCUUGCUAAACAGGAAGAGCUCCUCACAGAGUCGCGGCAAAUGGUGGACAAGGGAAGAAGUCUGAAAGUGGAACUGGAGGAGAAGAAAGAAGCGCUGGAUAUGCUAGAGAAAGAACAUUCACUACAGAAAGAAACUUGGGAACAAGAGACGGCUGAUCUUCGAAAAGAGAGGGACAGACUGAAGAAAGAGGUAGAGGAGGGCAACACUAAUGUCCUGAGAGAAGAGAUAGAAGCACUGGAGUUUCAGAGAGAGGUUUACAUAAGUGAACUGGAAGAAUGGUUGGCUGAGGCCGAGAAGCAUAUUCAGUCUCUGAGGAUGAACCCAUCGUCAGAAUAUCGGCAUCAGAGUCUGGACUGGGAGAGGAAAGUAGCCACUAUUCGGAAUGCUGUGUUCAGCCUACAGGAAAAGUUUAACAUGAUGAUCCAGCAGAUUGAACGGGGUCAGACACUAGAGGACCUUCCUCCAGUGGCCCUUCCCUCUUUACCAGAAGUCCCAAUGCUGCUCUACUUCAGCCAGCCCACCUACCAGCUCCAAGGCCAACACUAUGGUUUCAUGGGCAGACCACUGCCACCACAGAUGCCACCGUACCGCCCACCUCCUGUGCAUAUGGGCCAUCUUGGCCCCCCACCACAGUCCAUGGGCAUGACAGCGUUGGGCCCGGGUGCCCCAGUUGGAGCUGCCUCGCACCCCCUCCUCCCUGGCGCGGCACCCGCACACAGAGGCCUGGCUCCGGGGUAUCCCAGCGCAGCGCCACAGAGACAGGCCACUGCACUGCCACCUGGCUCCACGGCCUCAGCUGCUGCUGCUGCUGCUGCUGCACCCACCCAUCCCCCACAGCCUUCCCAGCUGGACAAAGUGCUACAAAUGUUGGGAACUCGCCUACCGACGAGGACGAGGGCAGAGCUCACCACUGCCCUGCAGCAGAUCAAGUCUGCACGCGGCACCUUGUCCGGCAUGGCCAUGGAGGACCUCUGCCAUCAGGUGGCAAAGAGGCUGGAACACAGCCAGAAACCUGCCAUGAGACCCAUUGGGCAGCCACCUGUGGGCACUCCUGCUCAGAAGCCCGCAAACCUUCUGCAGGGCAUCCAGGCACCACCGCAGCGUCCACAGCCUGUAGUUCAAUUGUGCUUAGUGUGCCAGGGCCAUGUAGAUGAACACAGCCGAUAUAAAAUGAGAUGUCCCCACAUCAUUCAUACGCAGUGUGUCCGUGUGUGGCUCCAGUCCGGUACGAAAAAGGAAUGUCCCAUCUGUCCAGACUAAAGGGCUUUAUAUUUAACACACACACACACACACACCAUUAUGAUAAUGCCUCAUGAUGACAUACUGCUGAACUUUUUUUUCUACCUUUUGAAAUGUGCUGCUAUAUCAGAUGAUUCAGAUGAAAAAAAUUGUAUAUAACCUUUUUGUAUGAAAAUGUUGACUACGAAUAAAUUCCUGGUGCUGAGGUAA